UGAGUCACUGCAACCUCUGCCUCCUGGGUUUAAGCAGAUUCCCCUGCCUCCAGAGUAGCUGGGGCUAUAGGCUCUCGCCACUAUGCCCAGUUAAUUCUUUGUAUUUUAGUAGAGACAGGGUUUCACCAUAUUGGCCAGGAUGGUCUCAAUCUCCUGACCUCAUGAUCCACCUGGCUCAGCCUCCCAAAGUGCUGGGAUUUCAAGUGUGGGCCACCGAACCCAGCCUGUAAGUCUACAUUUCUACUAGUGUAAAGUCCAAAUGCUUUGGCAUAGCUUACAAAAUAUUUGGUCAUCUUUCCAAUUUCAACUCUUACCAUUUCUCUCCUCUUGCUCUAUGUCUUAGCCAUAUUGACCUUAUUAUAGUUCCUCCAAAUACUUCUUAUUUGGAUCUACACAAUCAUGUUUUUAGUUUGCCUUAACAAUUUUACUCCAUACCCAAUUUUUGUUUAAAGUAUUCCUACUAAUUUUUAAUGUAUCCAUUUAGAAUGUGCUUUCUCCAGAAAAGUUUGUCCUGUAUUUCCAAAUUCUGGUUAGAUGAGCAUCAUCGAUGCCCUUGUAGUAGCAUAAACUUUCUUUAUCAUGACAUUCAUUGUGCUCUAUUUAAAAUAUGUGGUCAUUUUUCUGUCUCCCUCUUGCAUGGCAGGAAUUAGGUCUGUCUGUUUACCAUUCUAUCCCUAACACUUAUGACCAUUCCUUGCAUCAAGUAUAUUAUCAAUAAAUAUCUGUUAAACCAAUUAAUUAAUACAUAGAUAAACAUAUUUAGAAUUGUGCCUCUGGAAAGCCUGCGUCUGCAAAUGAUGAAAUUCAGUUUCACAACUAAACUGAGGUCCAAUUUGUUCACAUUUUUUAAAAUGUUGAACUGGACUUGCUUUUAGGUUAAAAACUAGAAAUGUUUUACUUGGCUCACUACUUUUGAGCAUUUAUUUUCUACUCUUGCCAGCUAAGUCUCCUACUGAGUAUCCAUAAAUAAAUGAUACCAGUUACCCAGCUCAAAAUGUCUAACCUCUUCAAAGCAACUAUUUCCAUAUACCAGGUUCACUUUCAAGUACACAAAGACAUUCUUCUUUUCUAAGGGUAGUUGUUGAGCAAGCUAAGAUCUCUAAUUCCCAUUUUCAAUUUUCCUAUAAAAUCUCUUGCUUACUAAGCCAAUUACAUGUAAGAGUAUUCUUCACUACCUUCAGUUGUUUAAUAUAUUGUCUUCUCAGACAGAUCAUAACUCGUUUGAGGCAGGGUCUACAUCUUAAAUAUGCUUCUUCUAUCUAUCAUGGCUGUAGCAGAUUGUGGCUGAUGAUGGAUAGGUAGGUAAUAGCAUCACAUAUCACAAAAAUGCAACUCGGAAAAUAGGCAUAUAGAAGGAGAAUAUAAUUUAAAUUUAUCAACAAGCACACAAGAAAAAGUAAUAUUUUGUAUGAAACUUACUUGACUUUAUCUAAAACCUGAAAAUCUGCAGAGUCGCAUGGUGGCGCUGCAGGAUAAGAUGGUGAAAUUUUUGUAACACGGCGGAUGCGCUGUUUUCCCUUACCCUUGGGAAAGCACUGGAAAACCAGGAGAAAAGAGGCUUUCAAAAGGCAGAACACCAUCAACACCUUCGCGACAGGAUUACAGAUUUCUAGAUUCCCAAAGGUCCAGGCUGAUAGGUGAGAGGAGCAACUUUCAGAGCUGCUAGUUGAUUUAGUUGAAACGUUUUCGCCAGAAAGACGUUUAGCUAAGGAGCCAUGGAGCCUGCAAAGGCAAGAGCCCAGCGGACAAGGCAAGUGCUGCUUUUCUUUGUUUUCCUGGGAGGGUCUUUGGUAUGUUCUAAGACCUGGAGCUAUUCCGUAGCAGAGGAAAUGGAGGUCGGCACAUUUGUAGCCAACGUGGUGAAAGACAUGGGUGUGGAUGUGGAAGACCUGGCUGCACGGGGGGCCAGAGUCAUCUUUGACGACUAUAAACCUUAUUUGCGGUUGGAUCCACGGAAUGGCGACUUGCUCUUAAAUGAGCAGCUGGACCGGGAAGCACUUUGCGAUCUCACAGAGCGAUGUAUAUUGCAUUUCCAGGUGUUAUUUGAAAAUCCCUUGCAAUUUUCUCGGGCUGAGCUUUUGGUCAAAGACAUAAAUGAUCAUACUCCCACGUUCCUAGAAAAGCAUAUACUUCUAAAAAUCUCUGAAGGUACUACUCUAGGAACUUUAUUCCAAAUAGAUAGUGCACAGGACUUGGAUGUGGGAAAGAAUGGUGUUCAAAACUAUACAAUAAGCCCCAAUUCCCAUUUCCAUCUUAAAUUACGAGACAGUGAUGAAGGCAGAAAAUAUCCAGAGUUGGUACUGAACCAAUCCCUGGAUCGAGAAAAGGAGGCUGAGUUUAGUUUAACGUUAACAGCCGUGGAUGGUGGGUCUCCACCCAGGUCUGGGACUACAGUGAUUCACGUUGUGGUCCUGGACAUAAAUGACAAUGCCCCCGAAUUUGAGAAGCCAGUCUAUGAGGUUCAUGUACCUGAGAGCAGCCCUCUGGACUCCUUGAUUGUCAAGGUAUCUGCUACAGAUUUAGAUACAGGAAUAAAUGGAGAGCUGUCUUAUUCAUUUUCCCACAUCUCCAGAGAUGUACGGAAAACAUUUGAAAUCCAUCCAAUUUCUGGCGAAGUCUAUUUAAAAGCACCUCUAGAUUUCGAGAUUAUUCAAUCUUAUAUCAUAAACAUUCAGGCCAUUGACGGUGGGAGCCUUUUUGGAAAAGCAAGCAUUUUAGUUCAGGUUGUAGAUGUGAAUGACAACCCGCCAGAGAUAGCCAUGACAUCUCUUACUAGCCCCAUACCAGAAAACUCUUCACCUGAGAUGGUGGUCGCUGUUUUCAGCAUACGAGACCAAGACGCUGGAGACAAUGGGAGAAUGGUUUGCUCAAUUCAGGACAACAUCCCCUUUCUCUUGAAGCCUACCUUCAAGAAUUUUCACGCUCUGGUAACAGAGGGCCCACUGGACAGAGAGAUCAGAAAUGAAUAUAACAUCACCAUUACCGUGACCGACUUGGGGACACCCAGGUUGAAAACGGAGUACAACAUAACCCUGCUGAUCUCCGACGUCAACGACAACGCCCCCGCGUUCACACAAACCUCCUACACCCUCUUCGUCCGCGAGAACAACAGCCCCGCCCUGCACAUAGGCAGCAUCAGCGCCACAGACAGAGAUUCAGGCACCAACGCACAGGUCACCUACUCGCUGCUGCCGCCCCAGGACACGCACCUGCCCCUCGCCUCCCUGGUCUCCAUCAACGCGGACAACGGACACCUGUUCGCCCUCGGGUCGCUGGACUACGAGGCCCUGCAGGCGUUCGAGUUCCGCGUGGGCGCCACAGACCGCGGCUCCCCGGCGCUGAGCAGCGAGGCGCUGGUGCGCGUGCUGGUGCUGGACGCCAACGACAACUCGCCCUUCGUGCUGUACCCGCUGCAGAACGGCUCCACGCCCUGCACCGAGCUGGUGCCCCGGGCGGCCGAGCCGGGCUACCUGGUGACCAAGGUGGUGGCGGUGGACGGCGACUCGGGCCAGAACGCCUGGCUGUCGUUCCAGCUGCUCAAGGCCACGGAGCCCGGGCUGUUCGGCGUGUGGGCGCACAAUGGCGAGGUGCGCACCGCCAGGCUGCUGAGCGAGCGCGACGCGGCCAAGCACAGGCUGCUGGUGCUGGUCAAGGACAAUGGCGAGCCUCCGCGCUCGGCCACCGCCACGCUGCAAGUGCUCCUGGUGGACGGCUUCUCCCAGCCCUACCUGCCGCUCCCGGAGGCGGCCCCGGCCCCGGCCCAGGCCGACUCGCUCACCGUCUAUCUGGUGGUGGCGUUGGCCUCUGUGUCGUCGCUCUUCCUGUUCUCGGUGCUCCUGUUCGUGGCGGUGCAGCUGUGCAGGAGGAGCAGGACGGCCUCGAUGGGUGGCUGCUCGGUGCCUGAUGGCCCUUUUCCAGGGCAUCUGGUGGACGUGAGCGGCACCGGGACCCUGUCCCAGAGCUACCAGUACGAGGUGUGUCUGUCGGGAGGUUCAGGGACAAAUGAGUUCAAGUUUCUGAAACCUAUAAUUCCCAAUCUGGUGCCCCGGGGAGGCGAAAUGGAGAAAGCCCCACCUUUCUGAAUGGCAUGGAAUUCAAUUAGGAUUCUGAUUAUGAUGCAGAACUUUUAGAAUGAGCAUAUUUCUUUGAAAUCUUUUUUUUUUUUUUUUUUUGAGACGGAGUUUCCCUCUUGUUACCCAGGCUGGAGUGCAAUGGCGCAAUCUUGGCUCACGGCAACCUCCGCCUCCUGGGCUCAGGCAAUUCUCCUGCCUCAGCCUCCUGAGUAGCUGGGAUUACAGGCACGCGCCACCAUGCCCAGCUAAUUUUUUGUAUUUUUAGUAGAGACGGGGUUUCACCAUGUUGACCUGGAUGGUCUCAAUCUCUUGACCUUGUGAUCCACCCGCCUCGGCCUCCCAAAGUGCUGGGAUUACAGGUGUGAGCCACCACGCCCGGCCCUGAAAUCUUAUUCAUUUUUUUUGUUAGGUAGUUUUUCAUUUUGGGUAACUUCAUUUUACUGAAGAGUUUUCAGUAAGGAAUUUAAGUCUAUUUUUUGUUGUUUUUAUUAACUGUGAAAAAAAUGAGCUAGAAUUUGCUUAGUCUUUGUUCCCAAAUGCAACCUCAAAUAAUAUAUUCACAUACACAUUAUUUUUCCUUCAAGUUUAAUGGCACAUUGGGCUCAUUCAUAUUUCUAGGUGUUCUGACUGUGGAUCCUCUAACUGAAACAGUUUUUGCAUGAUUGAGAAUAUUAUUACAGACAUGAUAUGAAUCUAAACAUAAUUGCUUGUUAUCUGGUUAGGUUAGUUUUAAAAAUGUUAUCUUGUUUAAGUUUCUCUUUUAAAAAAAAUCUAUAAUCUUUACAUUCUACUUUUCUGGCAAACGUUGCAGAAAAUUUUUCCUGUACUUAGGGUGUUUUUCCUCCAUAUAUAUAUAUAUAUAUACAGCUCAUGCUCCUUUCUUGUCUGAGAACUUCUCUAUACUACCCAAGAGAAGUGAUCACUAGUGUGAUGCUUAUUCCAUUGUAGGCCUUCUUUUCUCACUUCUCCUUCUCCUCCUCCUUCUCCUUCUUCUCCUCCUCCUCCUCCUCCUCCUUCUUCUUCUGUUUGUUUGCUUGCUUGUUUUAAAGAGAUGGGGUCUUGCCAAGUCACAUGGGCUGGUCUUGGACUCCUUGGCUCCAGUGAUCCUACCACCUCAGCUUCCCAAAGUGUUGGGAUUAUAGGCAUGAGCCCUGAUCAUUUUUUAUUGGUCCUGUGAUAGAUUCUUGAUUUCAGCUAGAAUAGCCACAUUCUCCAAACCCCUAAAUUUGUGAUUGAGAUAUAAUUCAACACUUUUUCCUCUUGAAUAAGUGUUGAGCAUAGGCUGAGGUAGCCAUGUUUAUACUUGUGUAACUGGAAGCUGAGAAUGGUUUCUAGAUAGAAAGAAAAAGAAGGAGAGAAAAUGGAAGGAAAGAGUAAAAGUGAAAGGAGGAGGCAGAAGCCUAGGAAACAGUAGAGACUAAGAUAGCUACUUAGUUCUAGACCUGUCCACCUAAGUCCAGUUCCUCCUAAGUCCCCAGUGUCUAAUUGCUCUUGGGUUCAGAUUCUAUUGCUAAUAGCAAAAUUCUUUUGUUUAACCUGUCUUGAAGGGGAAUUCUUGAAAUUAAAAGAGACUUGAAAGGUA